CUGGAGUCCCACGCAGAACGGCGGCGGCGGCCGUUGGGGAUUUUCCCCUCCCGAGCUAAGGCAUGGCGGCGGCUCGCCGGAGUACAUCCAAUCGGUGACUCCGGUGCGGAAUCGGGCUUGGGUUCGCUUCUGAGGUCACCUACAGACAACGGCGGACUCGGCGAGGGGGUCCUCGUCCAAGGGUUUGCGGCGAGUGGCGGAUCGACUCUCGCCGGAGUUGGCGGUAGCGGCGGCGCUCGGUGAAAUGUCAGUGAAAGGCAACUGCGCACCAAAAUUCCUACGCAAGAAUGACUCACGAGGGUUAGGCAACUUGGGAAACCCGUACUCGAUAUGGUUCUCGCGACGGUGCGGCAUCUGGACCGUCGCCGGACUUUGACACGGUGGCAGUGCACGGUGAGGACUGGGUUGCGGAGCACAAGGCUCGGCAUGAUCAACCUCAGGAGGACCAUCUUGACGCACUGAAGAUAACGGAAAGGUACUCGUCGUGAGCCGGGCAGCGGUGGUGGCUGGCGACAUGGAUGCGCGGCGGCGGAUACAGAGCUGCGGUGAAAGGCUAGCUUGGAGGCUUUACAGCUUAAACCAACUAGCACAUGGCGCUAGGGGCUCAUGGCGACUCUCAUCAACAACAGCCGCACGUCCACGAGGGCGUCACGGUGGCUGGCAACGAGCUCGCCCAAGGCGGCACAAGAACGGAGCAGAACGGCCACCUCUUACGCGGAGCAGACAGACACGCGCGUGCGCUACCUGCCCAACACUUAACCUACGCGAAGGAGGAUGAAGGGAAGCCCUUCAGGCUCACCGCGUCACCGACCAAACGAACAGAACCAGCCAACGCGCGGGGAGCCGAGUCGACUCGGAUUAGGGAAGUGGAACGGAUUCGACUCCGACUCGUCAUCCACCCGACCGGCGGGCGGGGCCUAUAUAUGCAAUUGGGGGUCUCGAUCUCCCAUCUGCUGCAUACGUACAUCCAUUAGUUGAUUAGUUCUCGUUCGAGCAGCGAUGGCGGCUGGUGGAGGAGCAGCAAACCUUGAGCCGGUGCGCUACCACAUGUCGGACGACGAGGAGGACAAAGCCUUCAACGCAGGCGGCGACAAGCCAGGCCGGCGGCCACAGACUCCGAGGCCCUACGAUGACAUCGGCUCUCCUGUUUAUUCGUUGCUGGAGCCGGACGAGCACAUGCUGUUGCCGCCUCCGUCGGUAGCAGUGCCACCGCCGGCCUCGCUGCAGUCUCCGUGGUCGAUGUCUUGUCUCGCCACUGAGGCCGAGGCAAAGGUCUAUGACGGCGCCGCUCAGGCCCUUUUCAAGGCUCGCUGGAAGAGUAUUAAAGAGGAGCAGGAAGCUAAUCCGUCGGACGAGCCAUGGUCACCGAACUCCGGGCUACCACUGUCCUACUACGAAGACUCGCCUGACCCUGUCGGAGCACAGCGCCAGGGAACAUCCUUCGCGGAAGACGCGCUGUACCACUACAACGCCGACCCGGACAACAAGGUCAAAUAUGAGCUCGUCGAGGCCGGCCUCAACAACUGCAUACUCACCGAGAGAGGCUCGAUGUACGGCCACGUCAACUUCGUUGCCAGGCCGCGCACCGAGCAUGGUGGCGUCGAGAGCUUGCCGGAGCGGUUCUUCUUCGCCGAGGUGCAUGAUCAGGUAGGGAGAGACAAGUGCAUCCCAACCUGCCUCCGCUCCCUGGACUCGGAGGACGAGCGGAUCGGUGGCGUCGGCGACGACCCAAUCGCCGAACGCUCGCCGUGGAAUGUCAGUAUCGACUACUGUAUCUCGUGCAACCAUGACCUCAAACACCCAAAGGACGGAACUUGUUACAGAGCCGGGCACUUCCAUACGUUGCCCUAGUGCUCAUUUCUUUUUUUUCUUUCAUGCUAGUUGCAAGCAAG